AUGCUGCUGUUCCUGGCGGGGGCCCACCUGGCGGCCCUGGGAGCGCUGCUGCUGGAGCUGCUGGCCGCGUGGAGGACUGCUCGCCGCGGGCAGCAACCCCCCCGGCAGCUCGAGUUCCUCGCGAGGGGUGCGCGGGGGGAUGGCAGCUGCGUGACAGGACACCAGCGCAAGAUGGCGGCCGACUGGACCUGGCAGUGGCAGUCGUACCGCUGCUCCCGGCCCAGGUUCCUGGUUCUGAGACCGAGCCGCGCGCAGCCGGGCGCCAAGCAGCUGGAAGAAGGGGUGACCACGUGCCCCGCCUGCCAGGUGACCAUCCACCACCAGCAGGGCGCGGGGCCCAGCCCGCGGGCCGCCUGCCCCUUCUGCGGCCAGCCCUACUCGCCCUGCUCGCCGCAGCAGCGCGCGAGCCCCAGCGACCGGCCCCUGGGGGUGGGGGUGGGCGCCGGCCGCGUGCGAGGCGACCCCUCGGGCGCCUGCUUCCGGCUGCCCGCCAUCGGCGCGGCCCUGGCCUCCGGCACGCGACCUGUUGGCGGCAGAUCGAACUAG